ACAACGAUAUCGAAUCCGGCCUGCAACAGCCACGUGUUUAUCAUUUAAUAAAACCAUUAUUGCCCGAUCAUUAUAUGAACAUGAAAAAUUCAGCUAUAUCAUCGGGUGGUAACAACACCAAUAUAUUCUGGAUCAGUAUGUGCGACUACGGGUGAACGCACACACAAAACCAUACCUGAAGUUUAUUUGACACGGCUUUUGGCAGCUAAGGGCACUAUACAAAAAUUUGUUGAUGAUUUUUUUGCUACUAUAUUAACAGUUAAUGAAGAAUUGCCUCCUGCAGUAAAAUGGUUAUUUGACUUACUAGAUGAAGCUGCACGAAGACACACGAUAUUUAUGACACUGAUAUAGUUCAUGCAUGGAAGUCAAACAGCUUGCCUUUAAGAUUUUGGGUUAAUUUUAUAAAAAAUCCUGAUUUUAUAUUUGAUGUAAAUAAAACAGUUACUGUCGAUGCCAGUUUGAGCGGAAUUGCCCAAGCGUUUAUGGAUGCUUGUUCAGUUACCGAACAUAGAUUGGGUAAAGAUUCACCAUCCAAUAAAUUAUUAUUUGCCAAGGAUAUUCCUCAAUACCGUAAAAUGGUUAAGCAAUUCUACAGAGAUGUUGCUAGACUGCCACAAAUUAGCGAUCAGGAAAUGAGUACUGCUAUGCAGCAAUUAUCCAUACAACAAAAUGACGAAUUCGAUACUGUAGCUGCUCUAAAAGAGCUUUAUAUAUACGUUACCAAAUAUAAUGAUCAGAUAAUAAAUGCCUUAGAAAAUGAUAUAAAUUGUAAAAAAAUGCAUCUGGGCUACAAAUUGGAAAAUGUUGCAUUCACUUUAGAAGGAGAAGAGACUUCUGCUUGCUGACACUCAUUUAGAUUGCAUGCAGUUUUCCAAAAAUAUAUUUAUAUUCAAAGUAAUGUUUUAAAUAUGUCUUUAGAGCCACGUCAAAAGAAAUUUUUUGCAAAGCUUUCUUAAAGAUGGUAAGUUAUGCAGUAAUAUCUUGUGAAUUAUAUUUUACACAACAUUUUUAUACCCGAACUUGCUGAUAUAUUUCUGUAUUUUUCCCUUAGAGUAAAUUAUAAAAUAUUCUUGAAGUCCUAAGAUCAAUUUAUGCGUAUUAUCAGAUACUUUUUGUUUUACCGCUGAAAUUUAAUAAAUUAUACUACUACAAGGCUAUAUUCAAAUUUGGAUGCAUAUUAAUUUACCAACAGAAAACACAAAAAAAAACACAGCGCCAAAGAAACCAAAUCGUACAUCCACAUAAACAUCUUUUUUCCAAUACACAGUGUUGUUGUUGCUUAUUUGUACAUACAGUGUAUCAUUGUUGCAUUUUAUCAAGUUUUUCAAGUAUUUUUCAAUUACGAAAUCAAUUAGACAAUUACGAAAUCAAUU